ACCCCCAUAAUAUUGGGUGGGCGCAACUCAAGUGCCGUUCUCGCCAACAUCACCUAAGUUUUCUCCUCUUCAUGCCAUCGUUCUCUUAACCUGGUCCCACAUCGAUAACUCAGGUUUAUUUGUUUAGAGUUCUUGCAUGAUUAUCUGUUGAUUCCUGGUGACAAACGAACCUUUGGUAUACUAUACAGUUAAAUUCAAUUUCUCUCACAAUGCCUGACGUGACCGGCAUUCUUCCCGAUUUCGAAUUGCCAGCCAAGGUCCCGGAGUCGAAGCUGACAUCCGCUAAUGCCUCUCACACGGCUUUGUUCUCGCUGAGUGGAAAGACUAUAGCAAUCACCGGUGCUGGUCGUGGCUUAGGUAUAACACUAGCAGCCGCAGUCCUUGAGGCUGGCGGCAACGUUGCUUGUCUCGACAUUCUCACAGAUCCAGCUGCGGACGAAUGGAGCACGAUCCAGAAGACAUCUAGACAGUCCAAUCUGAAGCUGAGCUAUCGGAGGGUUGACAUCACGGAUGAGGAGAAACUUUCCAAAGUCUUGGACGAAGUGGAAGUCGAAGCAGAAGCUGUGGGCGCACAGUUCUACGGAACCAUCGCUUGUGCUGGCAUCCAGCAGCGAAUACCUGCUGUCGAUUACCCGAAGACCGAUUUUGAUCGUAUCCUCUCCGUGAACGUUACCGGAACUUUCCUCACCGCGAAACACACAGCAAAAAUCUUGAUUAAGAAUGGUGUAAAAGGCAGCAUUGUCAUGAUAGCGUCCAUGUCUGGGGAAGUCGCCAAUCGAGGCUUGACAUGCUCCGCCUAUAACACAAGCAAGGCUGCGGUACACCAACUAUGCCGCUCUGUUGCACAAGAAUGGGGCCACCAUGGCAUUCGGGUGAACACCCUUUCUCCAGGAUACAUUAGAACCGCAAUGACCGAUAUGCUCCUCGCCGAAGACCCUGAUUUAGAGAAGAUAUGGAUGGCUGGGGCAUUGUUGAAUCGUCUUGGGGCUCCGGAGGAUUUUAAGGCAGGUGCAGUAUUUCUGUUAUCCCCAGGUAGCUCAUUCAUGACGGGGAGCGACCUUAGAAUCGACGGUGGCCACUGUGCAUCUGCAUAGCUUUAUAGCGUCAUAUCAAUAAUCGAUUUUGAGAUUACAUUUAGAAAA